AUGAGUCACACGGCUGCUUCCACAAAGCGACCGGUGCGAAAUGGCGCAGCCGGGCGAUCACGUCGCUUCAUCUUCGCUGCAGCCAAAUGCUGCGGCACAAAAGCGACCGCCCUCCAAAACGCGGCCAUCCACGAGGCGCAUCUUUGGUACCACAGCCGCAAGUACAACUUUAAUUCCCAACGCCAAUCCCAAGUCAGCUCGUCGUAUGUCGCGCCCGCUGCCUCUGACCACAAGCCUACCAACAAGUGGCUUUUCAUGAUGUGUGGUCCCGUCCAGUUUCGCAGACUGCAGCUCUACAAGCGGCAUGACUGGCUUUCUUGGCGCACCAAAGUCACACGUCGCAACGUGCUGCAUCUUUGGCUUCGUGACGCCGAAUUCCAGACGCAGCUCAUUUUGGAGCCGGAUGAAGAGCAAGUGACGCCUUACGAUUUACUAACGAACAUGGACCCCAACAAUGCCGACGUUGCCGACAUCCAGACGAUGUUUGAUCAAGCGCUCAAGCGGGAACUCGGAGAUGCUGGUGGGCCCGGAUUCAAAUACAAGCUGCCAAUUAAGUGGAAGCGAGCUCUUUCUUCUCGGCGAACCAGACUUCGGAAAUCCUAUCGCGAACAGGAUGCCAGUCACCCUAGCGCCAGCGGCGAGGAUGAUCUGGACUCGGAUGACGAUAUGUUUUACAGUGCUUCGCCGUAGCACGAUUAUUUGCCCAUGGCUACUUUAAGCAUCAUUGGGGCUGGCGAUACGCGUUCGCUCGACACAGAGCGUCUAUAUCCAAAGGGCGGCCAAGAGCCCAUUGGAAUACAAGAGAACCAGAGCAAAAACAAUACACAGCAUGAGG